AUGUCUGCGGGUGCAGUUUUAUCACAACUUGAAGCAUUAGUAGCCCGGACGGAAUUGACAGCGUCAAAACUUGCCGCUAAGAAGAUUCGGCCAACGAGGGAUCAAUUAGAUGACUUUCAAAAACUGAGCGACAGUUUUAAGGCGGCCUUUGCGACUGUUGAUGCGGAGGUCGAAAAACUAUUGCUUGCAGGACAGCCAACCGACGAAGAUAUCAAUCUGAUGAAUCAAAUUCGAUCUACGAAGGCUCAUCGGUCAAUAACGACACCCACCUUGACGAUUUUUAGAAGGAACCUUGUGCUUAUUUUCACCGGCCCCAAUGACUCUAGUUUGGAUUCCCUACAAGUCAAAGCAAGGAAGAAACACACUCGGGCAAGAUGUGAGGCACUCAGAGGCCAAAGCCCCCAUGUUAUUCUAAUGUGGGCACUGGCACUCCCGCCGUCAACUUGGAAAACGUCUGGAGGAAUGACAGAUAGUACUUUCAAUUUUCUCAUUGAGGGAAUAAAGAUGGAACGAAUAAAUCAACUGGCGCCCGAGAUACUCCCAAGUGUGCAAUCCCUGGGAAAAGAAGAACCUUUGAAUAAGUGUGACACCUUUCAAGCAUUCACGUCAAUACUUCCUGGUGACCAGGCGGGACCUUCCGACGUUUUGCGCCUUUCCCAACGUAAACGACGGCGGAUAAGGGAAAAUCCAACAACCCCAGACAGAGGUUCCCAAAUUCCGGUAGUAGGCACAGAGCAACAGGUCCAAGAAAUUGACUACAGGUGUUCGGGAGUAGAUAUCAGAAUGCUGCGACUCUUAGGUGACCGGGUCUAUGAUGCAGUUGAAAGCAGCGUACAAUGGGAGUGGGAACGCACUAUUGGGGGAACAAAAACAGAGGAAACAACAGAUUGCGUGAAUGCCCUGGUUCCCAAGAAUCGAGGCCAUGAUAUCUCCAUCACUCUGUCGGUUGGUCAUGAAAAUGGCCUAAAGCUGAUCGAGGAUCUGGGAGCUAUCCGCGUAUGA